AUGGCGGAAAGUGGUAAAUUGAAUUUAGUUAAAAAUAGCUCAGAUGAUUCUGUUUCUGGGCGCAAAGAACAAAUAUUAUGUCAGCCAUGUUCAAGAAAGGAUUUACAAACAACAGCUGAUGUGUUUUGUUCAGAGUGUGACGAAUUUCAGUGCAGUGAAUGUUCAAAGGCACAUACAGUUUAUGCGUUUAUGAAAAAUCACCAGUUAGAGAAUGCGGCAGAAGCGAAAUCGAAACCAGCUACCUUUGAUAUGAAAGGAAUGGACAAUUGUGAACAGCACGGUGAAUUGUUGAAAUUUUUCUGUGAAGACGAGAAUCAGCUCUGCUGCAGUACAUGUGCUGUAGUUGAUCACCGGAAAUGCCACAGUGUCGUAGAAGUACAGAAGAUUGCCGGGAAGUCACGUUCUGAUGGUUUCAAGUUGAUUAAAAAUAUGGAAGAAGUAAAAUCAAAAGCGGAGAUGAUUGUUAAACACAUUGAUUCAUCGAAAGAACAACUCAGUAAAGAUAUCAAAGCAAUAUUUGUGGAAAUUAAAAGAAUGAGAGAUGACAUGAAUAAAAUGUUCGACGACUUGGAAGUUUACGUUACCAGGGAAACUGACGAAUUUCAGGCUGAAGUAACUAAUACACUGGAAAAGAAACGAUCCAGCGUUAAGAAACAUAAAGCUGAUGUUACAAAGUCACUGGAUAUUGUUGAUACAGUUUCGGAGAACGGGACGCCAUCACAGCAGUUUAUAGUAAAACAGAAAAUAAAAAGACAGGCCAAUGAACUUUACAGGGACGUGGACAAUGAAUGUCAGAAUUUACAGAUUGCUACCGUUUCCUUUAAAUUUGAUAAAACAUUGAAAUUACGACCUCUUCCCAUUUCUGCUUACGUUCCAGGAAAGCUCACAUUAAAAUACACCCUGCCUGAAACAAAGAAAUCUGUCGCACCUGUAAAUCCGCAAUUUAAGUUAACGAAGAUAACUUCCAUUGAUUUGAAGCAGACUGGAGAUGAUGUCGAGGAACCGUUAUACACAGGACUGGAUUUCCUGCCGGAUGGUAGAUUGUUUGCCAUAGAUAAUAAAAACAAGCAAUGCUUGAUUUACAAUGAGAAGCUUGAGAAAGUAGGAUCAUAUCAGGUAUUGUAUUCACCACAAAGUGUUGUUGCUAUAUCUGAGGAGGAAGUGGCGGUAACAGGUGGUGGUCAAUACCAGAUAGACUUUCUACGUGUCAGUAAAUCUAAUGAAAUAACUUUGAUCAGGACAUGUAUAGUAUGCAAUAUGACAGAAAAUCGAUAUGCUUCUAUAUGUCUGAAAGAUGAUAAAAACUUUGUUGUUGGAACUAUUGAUGAUACAACACCUGUUCGUAUUGUAUCAAUGUCAGGAGAAGAGAAAGAUUUCAGCGUCAGCUUUCCCAAUAAGAAAUAUUCUAUAAACACUAUUGCGUGCAACUAUAUAAGGAAUACUGAGAAGUUGAUACUAACCGAUAGGCACGAGCAUACUGUUUAUAUAUAUGACGUUGCGACCAACACCAGAGUCGUUGUCAAGGACGACCAGAUCAAAGAACCGCGUGGUGUAGCAGUAGGUCCAUCAGACUGUAUCCUGGUUUGCAGCGGAAACACUAAUUCAAUUGUACAGAUCUCUCAGACAGGUCGAAUCCUAUUAUCGUUUAAGUUAGAUAUGAAAUAUCCAUACAGAGUCUGUGUUUCAAAGGACAAAUCUAUUCUUGCUGUCACAAAUAGCCGUAAGGGUAAAACAAAGUUACAGUUGUUUAAACUCACCUAUUGA